AUGUCUGUCCAAUAUGACUCUUCAGAAACCUUGUUAAACGCUACCUGGGUGGCUGUUCAACUGAGCGAACGAGAUGUCGCUGGCCAGAUUCCACUUAACUAUGUGACGAACCCUGCUGUAGCAUUGUCGGCUGCCUGUUUCGGAAACGGCAUCUAUGAUCAACAAGAUGCUGCACAAUGUUUCUCCAACCUCCUCGCAAUCGGGUACCGACGUUUUGUUGUCGAUCUAUAUUGGUCGGUCAGCCGUAGAACUUGGUAUUUCUGUCCGGUGUCUAUUCCAGUCAGCCCUGGGGUGACUAUAUCCUCAGCCACCUCCACAACGAAGACAACCACAGCAACAGCUAGUGCGGACUCUGCGACUAUCACCGGUACCGACGAUUCAAAUGGAGACACACUCUAUGAGCUAGGCUCAUACAAGUGCACCGACAACCUCGAUCCCUAUACCUUGGCGGAAGUCCUUGUAGGUUAUUUCCGAGACACAAACUCCCGUUUGACCGUGUACACGACCUAUCUCGUUCUCAAUCUGCAUGUCGCCGCAAGUGCCUCCACGCCAAAUGAGCCUGCUUCUACCAUAUCAGGAGGUCAAUUGCCAUCGGGAAAUGAGCUAGCCGGCUCAAUUCUGGGAACCGCGCUUGAUGACUUUAUCUAUAGUCCGGCUCAGCUUGCCACGGACAGAAGCAAUCUGAACCAAUCAUGGUAUAAGGUCGACGAGGGCUAUAUGCCCAUCACGGAGUAUUUUACCGUUCAUGAAAAUGAAGCGGGUGAACAGAGCACUCCGGAUGGCUGGCCAUCAUCAAAGUACAUUCAGCUCGCCAAACGCGAUCGAGUACUCAUUGGAUACGGCUCCAUCGAUUCCCAGCUGUUGAAUUACAAUCUGUCCACCGAAGGAAAUUCGGUCUUUCCUCCUGGAUACCUGACUUCUGAUGUGACGGUCUCCGCAACCAACGGCACUCUGACUUCAGGCUGUCUAUAUGAACCUGGGUUCACAAGCGUGUCUCAAACCAACUCAUCAUGGGCUAUAUCCAGUGGCCUCCCUGUCCUUGAUGGCCUUUCCACGGAUGAGACGAUGGCUUCGCUAUCGAAUGUUCUCUCCGGAAUUACAGCUUGUGGUCUCUCGCCAAUGCUGAACACUACUCUCUUCGACCAGACUGCAGACCAGCAAGUUGAACAUUACCGUAACUUCUCACUUUCCUCUUCCUGGGCUUGGGUACUUGGUGAGCCACACGAUGCGAACUAUGGCGGCGGCGACGGUGAUCCCAAGUAUGACCGCUGUGCAAUCAUGGAUCUAACACUCAAUGGCCACUGGCGGUCCACGAAUUGCACUGAGAAGCGUCGUGGCGCCUGCCGAAUCGGUAAUUCGCCUUUCUCCUGGGUUCUAUCAGACACGAUCGAAUCUUUCUCUAAAGUGUCGGACAGUUGUCCACCAGGAUCAAGUUUCGCUGUACCGCGUACCGGUCUCGAAAACACGUAUCUCUACAGGCAUCUUCUCUCUCUACCAGAAACAACAGUCGACUUGAGUUCCGCAGAUCCCGCCUUUCGAGAGGUCUUCUUAGAUUUCAACUCCAUAGAUGUUACUUCCUGCUGGGUCUCCAAUGGCUAUGAGGCUAGGUGUCCCUAUGCCUCUGAUCCGCAGCAACUCGAGCGCAAAACUGUACUUGUCGCUGCAAUUGCAGGUAUCAUCAUUCUUAUUAUCACAGCCUUGACUUUCUUUGUCAAGUGCAACGCCAACCGCCGGAAUUCCCGGCGCAGGAAGCGCGUCAUCGAAGGAUGGGAAUAUGAAGGUGUUCCCUCAUGA